AUGAACUGGCACCUGGGCGUCACCCUGGUCGACCUGUCAAACCUGGUGACCUGGGCACACAGCCACGGGACCAUCUGCCGACAGACCCCCGGGCACCAGGGAGCGCUGCAGCUGAGCCCGAGGGGCGAGUGCACUGUGAUGUGGCUGUGUGCCGCUGGGCAUGCUUACAACUGGCCCUUCACCCCUCUGUUACCUGUCAGCACUGCCUCCAACCCCUGGGGAGAGGAGGAGGGGCAAGAGGGGGGUCAACCGUCAGGGAGAAAGAGGAAACGAAGCAAGCAGAAGCACUCAAGAAGAAGCAAGCUCAGCCUCUGUGAAGAGGCCACCAACGUGAGCUCAGACCUGAGCGACUGCAGCCUCCUCACACAGGCCUCCACCGAGAACAGGAACGAGCACGACUCCUGCAACGGGACAGCAGGGGACCUCUCUAUGGAAGAAGGGGAGCCAGGAGAGGAGAUCCAACCCAAAACCGAGGCCCCAUCUGAGGAGGUGAACCCUGACGGAAGCCAAAAGGACUUCAGAGUCAGGGUCAAGGAGGAAAACGGAGAGUUCUGGGUCGAAUACAAGGCCCCCUCUCCACAAAACCUACUCCAGAUCCUUGAGAUUGCGUCUUCACCACAGGACGGGGACUCAAAGCCUUUCUCCCUUCUUGGUUUGCCUGGGGAAUCCAAUACCCUCGCCAUCCACAAAGUGUCCCACUGGGAUCUGAGCACUCCCACAGCUGAGGAUUGGGGGCCGAACAUGGGCAAGAGCAGCAGGGCCGCCCCCCCUAGAGGCUCCAUUGACUGCGUCAUUCUGGGACAGGACUGCCUCGCAGAGUCUCACUCCGAUCCUAAAGGCCCAGGAGUCAUGCCAUUGGAGCUGGAUGAAUGCUGCAAACCCAGAAGCCCCACCAGGUCUAAACUAGAGACCUCCAGUAAAGACCAAGCCCUUGAUCCACCCAUUAUCUCUGAGGAACAGAAAGAGGAGGCUCCCAGCCCUGGAUGUGCCGUGGUUCCCCUGUCUUUCGGAGAGAACCUCCUCCAGGAUGAACAGCUCAACACACCGGAGAGCAAGACUCCAUCCCGCAUCCUCGGUGACAUCAAGAUGUUCAAGGACUGGCUAUUGUCACAGAUCCCUCCGGAGACGAGAGAGGUGAGCUCCCUGCUUCCCCGAGAGCUGGACAGCCACCUGGCAGCCUUCUUCGGGGCGGUGCGGCGGGCCAACGGGGCUGACUUCAGCGCCAACUCCCUGGUGUUCUUCCAUCGCGGCGUGGAGCGCUACCUGCGAUCGGAGGGGUACGGGCUGAGCCUCACCAAAUCCCCCGAGUUCUCCGGCUCCAGGGAGGCCCUCCGAUCCCGUUUCCGAGAGCUGUGGCGCCGAGAGAAGGAGCGCGAGACGAAGGCCAUCGAAGGACUGGGCUUCGAGGAAGAAGAGGAGCUCCGGCUGAAAGGAGUCUUGAGCCGGCUGAGCCCAGAGGGGCUGCUGACCCUCGUCCUGCUCAAUAACACCAGGGCCUUCGGGAGGGCCCACCUCACCCAGAGCUGGCCCGUUUCCUGGGGGGAAUUCCGGCUGGUGAGGGAGGCCGGGGUGGGCGAUGGGGGUGAAGGGAUGACGGAGUAUCUGGAGUGGAGGGACUUCCGGGGGAGCGAACCCCACCUCCGCCUCUACAGCACCCCUGAGAAUCCGGAGCGCUGCCCCCUGCAGGAUUUUAAGGAGUACGUACGCAGGCGUUCAGGGGGCUACCUGAGCCCCCAGGACCCCCUUUACGUCUCCUGCAAGCCCCUGAACAGUGCUUGGGAGGACACCUGGUACUGCAGGAAGGCCCUGCCCAAAUCCAAGAUGGAGAAGAUGGUGAAGGUACUAAGCCAGCAGGUUCUCGCUAUACGGAAGAAAAAUGGGAUCAACUCCACAGGGAUCUGA